GUCUCUCCCUUUCUCCAUUCCCCAAGACGAGUGUGUUGUAGAGACUAGAGAGAGUGUGUUUUAGAAAGAAAAAGAGAGAGAGAAAAAAAAUGGGGGCAGUGACGACUGCGGUGAUUGCAAUCGCGGGACUGGUUCUGGGAUGGGUAGCCAUAGAGAUCGCUUGCAAACCGUGUCUCGAGAAGGGACGCGAAGCUAUUGAUCGCAGCCUCAACCCCGACUACGAUCCAGACGACGACCACGACUCCAUUCGUGCACCUCUCGAUCCAAACCCUCCUCCUCCUUCCAACGAUGAUGAUUCUGAUUCAACUUCCAGUGUCGUCAAAACCGGCUGAUCUUCAUCGAUCUCCGUCAAAAUCAUCAUCUCUGUAGUUUCGGUACUUGCCCUAAUCACACCGCAUUUUCACCGUCUAUUUCUCUCAAUUUCAGUGUUUGUGAUUUUCUUGUCUUUCCCGGAAAUUGCAGAAAGUAAAAGAAAGAAACAUCCUCUUUUUUGGUUUUUUAUUAUCUGUAAGAUUGUUGUGGUGUGGGUGAUCUGAUCAGGUUGUGAGAAAAAUAUUAAUGUUUAAACAAUAUAAUUUUGUUCAUUUUUCUCAAA